AUGAUUUCUACCGGCAUUGUCUCUUUGCUCCUGGCGGCACCGUCGUCGGCCACCCUGCUGUGGGCAACCUCUUACAACGACCAUACGGUGACGAGUCUCAACCUGGACAAAAACAGUCUGACCGUCCUCUCCAAAUCGCUCGACUGCGGAUCCGAGCCAACCUGGCUGACACUGGACAAGCCCAAGUCGCUGCUGUACUGCCUGAACGAGGGAUGGGGUGGCGCUGCUUCCAUUACGUCUUACAAGACCAACAAUGACGGCAGCUUGUCCGCGCUCGACGUCCUCCCGGUGCUCAAGAGCCCCGUUUCGUCAACCCUAUACGGUCCCAACAAGGGUAACCUGGCAGUUGCUCACUACGACACAUCCACCUUCAGCAGCUUCACCGUCAGGGACCCGAGCGACAUCGCCCUGACCGGCAACGUCACCUACACCCUCGACAAGCCCGGCCCGGACCCGAACCGCCAGGAGGUGCCCCACCUGCACGACGCCAUCCUCGACCCCACGGGCCGGUUCAUCGCCGUGCCCGACCUGGGCGCCGACCUGAUCCGUCUCUUCGCCAUUGAGGGCGACGCGUGGAAGGAGAUCCCGCCCGCCCAGGCCGUCUCCGGCUCCGGGCCCCGCCACGGCGGCUUCGCCAGGUUGGGCGGCAACACCUUCUUCUACACGGUCAACGAGCUGUCCAACACCGUCACGGGCUACAAGGUCACCUACAACGCCGACUCGACGCUGAGCUUCAAGCUGCUGUUCGACUACAGCGACCACGGCGAGGGUGGUAGUGUGCCGGCCGGCACCAAGGCGGCGGAGCUGGAGAUCUCGCCCGACAACCGCUUCGUCAUCCUCUCCUCCCGCGGCGAGAACAGCCUCGAGAUCGACAACUUUGACGCGACCAACAGCACCAAGAUCCCCUCGGACCCCAUCAUCUCGUUCAGGAUCAACCCCUGGAACGGCGCGCUCACCCUGACCCAGGUCGCCCCCGCCGGCGGCCGCAACCCGCGCGGAUUCACGCUCAACAAGGCUGGCACGCUUGUCGCCUCGGCUCUGCAGGACGACAACCGCGUCGUCAUCUACAAGCGCGACGUCCGCUCCGGCAAGCUCGGCGAUCUCGUCGCCUGGGCUACUGUCGGCGAGGGCGAGAACAACGGGCCCAACUAUGUCAUUUUCAACGAGUAA